AACGAAACGGCAUACGACUGUGUACGAGCCGAACCUGCUGACAUUAGAAGAAAGGACAGAGUAGAGGAGACCUGUCUUCAUUAUCAUCGCCUGAAUAAACCCAACCUAUCGAACAGCAUAGGUAUAAAGGUCACCCCGGUGCCGACAUGGCCAACCCUUUACGGGGUGAGGUUAUCAGACUGUAUAAAACUCUGCUGUAUCUGGGCCGUGAGUAUCCUCAGGGAGCUGCGUACUUCAGGGAGCGUCUGAAGUCAGCCUUCAUGAAGAACAAAGAUGAAACAGACCCUGAGAAGAUCAAGAAGCUGGUGGCCCGGGGGGACUUCGUCAUCAAGGAGCUAGAGGCCCUCUAUUUCCUCAGGAAGUACCGAGCCAUGAAGAAGAGGUAUUAUGAACCAGAGAAAUAGACACAUAAAGCACUCCAGUCUGAGAUGAAAUACACCUAGUUAGGACAGCCGAGGUGUCAAACGGCAUUAUUGACGUUUUUGCAUUAAUACUGUUACUAAUGAGGAAGUGGAGGAAACACAUUCACUGCAACUCUGAAUACUUGCACGGAUAUAGAAGAAAUAAGUUACUGCACCUUGAAAGUGAUCAGGGAGGCAUGUGAAAAAAGAGCCAGGAAGCUAAGAUGUUACAGGAUGUGUUUUGUAAUUCAUGAGACAUCCACCUUAAAGGUGAGUGUGAUAAAUGAAAACUACUGAAUGCCAUUAGCUUUUCUUUAGAAACAUUACUGUGUAUCUGACAGGCCUACUGAGAGAUUUGUAGGCUUACUGAGCCAAGGUGACUGAUUUCAGUCAAGGCAGAUGAAGACCUUAGCAAUUUUAGUUUCUAAAAUACUGACUGCUCAGACCUGCACCUAUUCUACAAUAUGUGAAUAUCAAUAAUCAGCUGGUACCAAACCAGUUGAAUAAAACUGUUCCAGUAUUUUGUAUUUCAAUGUUUAAAAACAUGGUUAAUUUUUCUAAAGACUGAAUGUACAUGUCUUUGUUUCAAUGCACUAUUAGAUAGAAAUCAUGGAUGUAAAAAUGACGUCCUGUGUUAUAAUAAAUA